AAUUUUGGAUUGAAAAUUUGACCUCAACAGAAUUAGCACGUGGCAGAUAUCAAGGGCCUCACAAGACAGAGGGCGGAGUUCUUGCCAGGCCUCGCCUCCUCUGUCCGGAAUCCGGUUCCAGUAUAUGAAAACAAACUUGGAAUGUUACGUGGUAGGAUAUCUCAUUCGCCACAAGACCCAAACCUCCCCUUCUCCAAAGGGCCGGCCACCGGCGUGUUGCAACAUCGGCGGAAAACGAAACAGAACUGUAAGCAGUAGCAGGAAAAGGUGUUGAGAAAGAAGUGGGGAAAGGUCAUUAGUUGAAAUAGUAAGCGGCGAACCAGUUGGGAUUUGUGAACAAUUGGCCACAUCGAAACUUGAUGGCUACCAACAACGACGAUGGCAAUGGCUGAGAUGACGACGAUCUUUUUUUGCGCCAACGGGUGACAAUGCCGGCGGGAAUACCUCACCUGUGUAUUAUAGUUAGAACAGCUCCAACUGAUAGCAUUCAUCAUGUCAAGGUUUCUUUCAUUUGGAAACAUUCACACAAUCACACGUUUUCUUCUCGUAAACCAGAGGAACAGCUUUGCAGAAGUAAAGAAGAAUGCAAUACUUUUCACCCUCGCUCUAACUUCCUCCAUGAGCAGGUCAUAUUCAUCCCGUAGUUUUUCAAGUCAAGGACAUGCAUCAAUUAGAUUAUACAAAGUGAGGGAGAAUUUAUACAAGGCUGUAUAUUCCAAGAACCUCACUUUUUUCUCAGCAAGUGAUUAUGUGACACAUCAUGCCCAAGUAGCUUGGAAAAGGCUUUCGCAUAUAUGUUCAUAUGGAGGCUCACCGUUCCCACCAAUAAGUAGGAUCGCUUGUGCCGUCAGCUUGGCAUUGGCCAGAUCACACCUGGUUGCUCCUAGCAUUUUUGCCUUUAUUAUAGGAGAGGUUGCAUGGACUCAAAGAACUUGGGCAGAUGCUGAGUACUUCCCUAAAGGGAACAAUCUAUACAUGCAUGCACGGGAUGGACAUGUUUAUCUGACGUCGGUUGUGUUCUCAGUCUUGGAGGGUGCUAUUUUGUUUUUGAGAUUUAUAUAUUUGGCAAUUUUGUUUUCUCCUGCAAUGACAAUGGCUCCAUUUGUAGAUUGUUUCAAUGGUUGUAUUAGGAAAACAUGGCUUCACCUUGUCCAUCGUACACUAGAAAUAGCAGGCCCAGCAUUCAUAAAGUGGGGUCAGUGGGCAGCCACCAGACCAGAUCUCUUCCCUAAGGAUCUAUGUACUGAGCUUACGAAGCUUCACGCAAAAGCACCACCACAUACCUUUGCCUACACAAAGAGGACUAUUGAGAAAGCAUUUGGCCGCAAGCUUCCUGAAAUUUUUGAAAAUUUUGAAGAAGAACCUGUAGCAUCUGGAAGUAUUGCCCAAGUGCAUCGAGCUUCUUUGAGAUUUCGGUACCCUGGUCAAAAGGUCAAGCCCAUUGUAGUUGCUGUGAAAGUUAGACAUCCUGGAGUUGGUGAAAUAAUUAGGAGGGAUUUUGCGAUUAUUAAUGUGAUUGCCAAAAUAUCAAAUUUCAUCCCUACCUUGAAGUGGUUGAGGUUGGAUCAAAGUGUCCAGCAAUUUGCUGUUUUCAUGAUGUCUCAAGUUGAUCUUGCAAGGGAAGCUGCUCAUUUGAGUCGGUUUAUUUACAAUUUCCAAAGAUCAAAAGACGUGUCCUUUCCUAAGCCUUUGUAUCCACUUGUUCAUCCUGCUGUCCUGGUGGAAACUUUCGAGAAAGGAGAAAGCGUUUCCUACUAUGUUGAUAAGCUUGAAGGAAAUAACAAUAUUAAAAGUGCACUUGCCCGCAUUGGGGUUCAUGCACUUCUGAAGAUGCUUCUGGUGGACAAUUUUCUCCAUGCAGACAUGCAUCCUGGAAAUAUCCUUGUCAGGGUGGCCCAUAGCAAAUCUUCGCUCAAGCCCAAGCCUCAUGUCAUUUUCCUUGAUGUAGGCAUGACUACUGAGCUUUGUAAGAGUGAUCGAGAGAAUUUACUGGAGUUCUUUAAGGCUGUUGCCCUUCAAGAUGGCCGCAUUGCUGCGGAGUCCACACUGAGAUUGUCAAAACAGCAGAGCUGCCCGAAUCCUGAGGCCUUCAUUGAGGAGGUGGAGAAGGCAUUCAGUUUCUGGGCUACUCCAGAAGCGGAUGGUUUCAAUGCUUCUGAGUGCAUCCAGCAAUUGCUUGAGCAAGUUCAACGUCAUAAAGUCAACAUUGAUGGCAAUGUUUGUACUGUGAUGGUUACUACUUUGGUUCUUGAGGGCUGGCAGAGGAAGCUUGACCCAGAAUACAAUGUGUUGCACACAUUGCAGACACUGCUUUUGAAAGCUGACUGGGAAGAAUCUCUCAUCUACACAAUUGAAGGACUCAUGGCCCCAUAGAAGCUGGCAGUGACUUGAAAGAUAAACUUAGUUUAAGUUACUGAAAGCAUGUCACAGUGGACAAUACACUAUAACAUUGUGAUUUAUGAAUAACGACGAAAAGGAAAAAAGAGAAUUGGCUGAAGGGUUUUUAAGGAAGUCUGGAGACGCCAAAGAAUCUGAUACCAACAGGAUCCAUCCUUUAUGUGGAGAGGAAUGUCCUUGUUUUGGAGGAUCUAGUUGGGGGCAUCCUUAAAAAUGUGUAAGAUAUAAUUUGCUUUUUCACAAACAAUUCACAGGCGCAUGGAUUUGAACAUACUGUAAUUUUAUGAUCCUCUGCUUGCUUCUUUAUUGUUAUGCAAAGUUGAUGGGGAAGAAAUAUUGGGGAUAUUUUGUCAUGCAGAAACUCAACAUACUAGCCGAGUGAAUUUUUUUGGAUGAAAAUGACAAUGUACUUUGAUCCGUUUUACUUUUA